AUGGCAAGUUCGCCAUCAGACCAUAAGCUUGCCCCGAGUGACGGCGCCAGUUCUGGAGGAAGCGGGCUUUACGUGUUCGACUCAAGGAAUCGCGUAACCAAACCCCGGGGACGGCCGGACGAGCUCCACGAGCUGCGAAAUCGUGUGCAGAUGCUGGAACAGGCACUUGCCAGAGGGGGCUCAAUGCAGCCCCCCGAAGUUCCUGGAUACGACUGCUUGCCAGAGUUUCCAAUUCGGACGGUUACAGAUGCGAUCUCGGAUCAAGUAAGGAACUUGUCUGGCAGAGCAUGCUUCCGCGGUAGGAACGGUAGAACGCGUUAUCGUGGACGCUCUACUGGAGAGUUAACACUCACUUUUCUCAAUGAUGUAAUGGCGUUUCUCCAAGGCCGGAAGAAGGAUCUCAAGGCUGAGGGCUCAGAGUACCGGAGGAUGAAGGAUUUCAGAUUCGAGCUGAGGUCUCGGGAAAUACAGGACCAGGAGCGCGUUAAACAAGGAACACCGUCCUCACUGAAAGACAUGCUUCCGCCUCGGAAUAUUGCGGAUGAAUUACUAAACCUAUAUAUAUCGACAUUCGAGACUACGUAUCGCAUCCUACACAUACCCAGCUUUCUUAAGGAAUACGAGGCAUACUGGGCGUCAUCUGAGCUACCCGACACCAUUUUCAUUGCUAAGCUCUUGGCCUUGAUGGCCGCAGGCAGCUGUUUUAUUAGCCCUUCGACCACAGUUAACGGAAAAGACACCCUGCAUGAUGUUGCUGUGGGUUGGAUUCUCGGGGUCCAAUCUUGGAUCGGAUCCCUCUUCGUGAGCGCAACGGCAAAGUUUGACAUCCUACAGAUACAGUGUCUGUUGAUGAUUGCGCGUCAAUCGCUGGCCGUUGACGGGGAUGUUGUGUGGCUCAGCUCGGGGUCUCUCAUCCAUUCAGCCACUAUAAUGGGGAUGCACAGGGAUCCCACACUAUUUAGCAAAAUGACCCCCUUCUGGGCAGAGAUGCGUCGUCGGUUAUGGGCAACUAUCUUGGAGCUCGACCUGCAAGCAUCUAUAGAUGUCGGCAUCCCAUCAUCAAUCGACACAGACCAAUAUGACUGCGACCCGCCGUCGAAUUUGGAUGAUUCGGAUUUAACAGAGGAUAUGUUGGAGGCCCCAGUGGGCAAGGACAGAGCAAUUUCGACCCAGUGCAGUUUCCAAACCAUGUUAGCUCGCUCGUUCCUGUUGCGGGUGCGCAUCGCCAAGGCCGUGAAUAGCUUGAAGUUUACACUGUCGUAUGAUGAAGCGCUGACACUUUCUGAGGAGCUUGUACAGUUCAUGAACGAGGCUCUAAUUCCCUUUUCCGCACCGGUUGGCGACGGUGUCCCGUCCUUUUCAAGGUCAUUUAUGUUAUUCUUAAUGCAAAGAUUCCUUCUCCUUUUGCAUCGGCCUUUCUCACUGAGUAUAUCUAUGUCGCCCAAAUACUCUUAUUCACGCAAAGUCUGCCUGGAGUCGGCCCUGGAAAUGCUUACCCAGUUUGAAUCCCCAAUUCCUGGCAUUCAAUCACCUCGGACGCCUUGUCUAGGCCAUAUUGGUGGUGGCAUGUUCCGUGAUGAAUGCUUUCAUGCUGCUAUUACCAUUUGCGUGGAGCUAUCUCUACAGGUUACUGAAUCAGGCUCAAACUCAGCACCUUCAACUCAUGGCGGCUCUUUAAAUGACAUUGUGCGAUCACAGCGAGAAGUCUUGUUGCGUACCCUUGAAAGGACUCAGGACAACUUCCGCAGUCGGAUAUCUCCAAAAGGGAGUGGAUGCAAGGCUUUUGUCUUCAUGAGUAUGGCCCUAGCCUCUGUGAAGGCUCGACUGAACGGGGAAGACCCCCUGAAGAAAAUCGAACGAGAUUCAUUGCAGACAGUGAAAAUUUGCCAUCGAGUUAUCGGAGGCCUGCCUCAUGAGGAAUUAGAAGGGCGGCCCGAGAACGACUUAUCUGAGGUCGGACCGUCUGCCAUACACACACCGGACUUCGCGUCUUCUACUUCCGAAAUAUCGUUUGACCCUUUCUCGAUACUGACCAACAACGCCGUUGAAUUUUCGCCCCUCGACUUCAAUAGCAUGUUUGAUACGUCUUAUUAUAGGAUGCCCGAUCUUUGGGAUCCUGACUUUCUUGCACUGGCCGAGUGA